AUGAGGCGACGAAAGCCAGCCUCACGCAUGACCCUCUCCGAAGACGUUGGUCGGACGGACAAAAGAAAAGCGAGAGACCGAGAUAGGCCAGGGCCUUUCGCAGGAAUGAAUAUGCGACAAGUUCCACGAUCAUUACAAGCAGCAACAGAGGCAGUUCAGUCUUCGACGAGACCCGCAUCCAGACCAAAGAAGGACAAGGAUGACCGCCCCUUAUUUCACGCGCUCAAGAUGCAGCAAGCACUGACACCUGUGUCUUAUGUGCAAAGGGAUAAAAUCAAAGCUAGACUGGAGACCAUCACAACGUUCGAAGAAUUGGGGUUGAUGCCUAUCGUGUCCGAUGCCGUCUAUACUCAAGCCUUGCCAGGCCUUACAGAAUACACGCCAACCCCUGCGCAAAAGGUCGCUAUACCAGCCCUACUGAGCAAGAAAGGUGCUUUUGAGAAGGAGCAGAAGAAACAAGCCGAUGGGUCAAAUCGCUUUGAUACAUUCCUGCUAGCUGCCGAGACUGGAUCCGGGAAGACGUUGGCGUAUCUACUCCCGGUCAUCGACCAUGUCAAGCGGCAAGACGAGCUGGAUAAGUCGUCGACAGCGUUGAAGGAGACACAAGAUGCCGCGGCUCUGAAAAAGAGGUUGGCAGAGAAUGUCUUCGAUGCCGACCCUGCUGAGACCGAGGAAAAGGUCAAUCCCAGCCUCGGCAGACCGAGAGCCCUCAUACUUCUCCCCUCAUCCGAACUGGUCGCACAGAUUGGGAAAGUGGCAAAGAUCAUGUCACACACCGUCAAAUUCCGCGCCGAGCACAUAUCGGCCUCCAACAGUCCAACCGUGAUCCGAAAUCGACUCUUCCGACCAAGUGGCAUUGACAUUGUUGUGUCCACACCUCAUCUGAUUUCCAGCAUCGCCGAGAAGGAGCCAAACAUUCUGAGCCGUGUCCAGUACGUGGUUGUGGAUGAAGCCGAUUCCCUCUUCGAUCGCUCAUUCCAGGAGACAACGCGUGGCAUUAUCGACCGAGCGGCGCCAUCCCUAAAACAACUCAUCCUCUGUUCUGCCACGAUUCCACGAAGCCUAGAUAAGUUUGUGGAUCGUACGUAUCCAAAUACCACCCGCCUGGUAACGCCGAAACUACACAGCAUUGCCCGACGAGUGCAGCUUGGCGUAGUAGACAUAGACAAAGACCUGUACCGAGGAAACCGAAAUCUCGCAUGUGCUGACGCCAUCUGGCAAAUUGGCAAGUCCAAACAUGAUGAUACGUCCAAGUAUCACACGGUCAAAUGCAUGAUGGUAUUUGUCAACGAGCGGGACCAAGCUGAGGAGGUGGCCAAGUUCCUGGCCAGCAAGGGCAUCGAUGCUGUACCAUUCACCAGAGACCACUCCGAGCAACGACAAAGCGAAAUUCUAGAUGCCUUCACUUCGAGCAGCCGCGUCGAAGGCGCUGAGAAGUCAUCCGCCGAGAAGACGCGGUUCAACUUCCGCGACUUUGUGCCCUUUGAAGGAGCGCGCCCCGAUGCCGACCCUAUCAAGCCGUCGAGACAUCUGGCCGACACAAAAGUUCUUGUAACAACAGACUUAGGAUCACGAGGUAUCGACACCCUAGCGGUGCGUCAUGUGAUUCUCUACGAUGUACCCCAUACGACUAUAGACUUCAUCCAUCGCCUUGGCAGAGUGGGAAGGAUGGGCAGGCGUGGUCGAGGCAUUGUUUUGGUCUCGAAGCAUGACAGGAGGGAUAUUGUGCGCGAAGUACAAGACGCCAUGUUUAAAGGCCAGGCUUUGAUAUAA